AUGGCUACUCCCAAUAAAAAACGUGGAAUUCAACGUAAAAAUAACGAAAAAAGUAAUAAAAUCGAGAUUGAAGAAAGUGAAGUCGAUUUUGUAGAAGAGGAUACAGAAAUUCAAGUAGAUUUUGAAGGACAUAUUCCUCAGGAUCCAGAUUUUCAUGGAAUAAAAACUUUAUUACAACAACUUUUUCUAAAAGCUCAGAUAGAUUUAUGUAGUUUAACAAAUUUGAUAAUAUCUCAAAAUUAUAUUGGAUCGGUUGUUAAACAAUCACCUGAUUUUCAAGAAUCUGAUAAUGAGGAUAUGAAUGAUGUAUUUAGCAUUACAACAGUUGUCAAUCUUUCUGAUAAACGGAAUGAUCUGUGCAUUCAACAGUUAAGAAACUUAUUAAAAAACCUUACUAAUGAAUAUGCUAUGUAUCCAACAAAUGCCAUAAUUCAAAAUGUCCUUGAAAAUGAUUCUAUAGUUGUGGGUUUACUAAUCAAUGAGCGCAUUGUCAACAUUCCAGUACAGAUCUCUAUACCACUUCUUGAAAAUCUUAUAUCAGAAAUUGAAAGUGCAAUUAAUAAAAAUAUGCCAUUUCACUUUACGUAUUAUAUACUGAUUUGCAAACAAUACAAAAUAAAUAAAGAAAAUCAAACAAAACAAAAUAAAUUCAAAGGAAAAGAUACAAUACCAGAAUCAAAUAUAAUUUGGAGCAAUCCAGAGGAAGAGAUAUUUGCUCAAGAAGCAACAUGCAGUUUUGAAUUCAAUGUUCAGAAGGAAACGGAUAGUGCUUUGUCAGGUAGAUGGACGGAAAAUGAUUAUGAAAUGAUACCUUACAGACAAGUAUUAUUAAUUAAAGCUUCAAAAUUGCAACAGAUACUAGAGAAAAUUAAGAUACAGCUUUCAUGAAUUUAUAUGUACAUAUUCUGUUAUAUUUAAAAUUAUUUUUUUUUACA